CGUCCUCUCGCCUAGCUCGUGCGAGUGCUGACCCGUGCCAUCUUCUCCCCGUCUGUUUCUCGUUGUUGUUGCCUAUAGGUGUGGGGGUGUGUGUCAUCUCGUGCCGGAGCUUGUGGUUGCCUUAUCUUCGUCGGAAAUGGCAUUACUGGAUGCCGUGGUGUAUCCCCAACCCCAAGGCCAUUUCGGCUACGGGCACAGGGACGCGUCCUACGGGCUUUCUUGGUCGUCAGACGCGACCGGCUUCGGCGAAUGGGACCCCUUCCUGCUCGCCUCCCUCGUGCAGAAUGCCGAGGAGUGGGGGGAGGAGUUGGGCUCCAAGAAGGCCUCGCUGGAGCACGACGCGGCGCCGUCGGCUGUCGAGUGGCCAUCGCCGGUCACGACGACGAAGAGGAAGAGGAGGAGGCCCAAGGUCGUCAAGAACGAGAAGGAGGUCGAGAGCCAGCGGAUGACCCACAUUGCCGUUGAGCGGAACCGCCGCCGGCAGAUGAACGAGUACCUCGCUGUGCUCCGAUCUCUCAUGCCACCUUCCUACGCGCAAAGGGGCGAUCAAGCAUCUAUUGUUGGGGGAGCAAUCAACUACGUGAGGGAGCUUGAGCAGCUGCUCCAAUCCCUCGAGGUGCAAAGGAGCCUAAAGGAGCACAACCCCAACUUGUCCAAUCCCUUCACUGGUUUCUUCAGGUUUCCACAGUACUCCGCUACCUCCGCCUGUCACUGUCACGGCGGCGCCGGCAAGCACACGAACAAGGAGGAGAUGCCCGAUAGGAGCCCCCAGUCUCCGUCGGUUGCCGCCGACAUCGAAGCGAGCAUGGUGGAGGGACACGCCAGCGUCAAGGUUCAGGCGCCGCGGCGGCCUAGGCAGCUGCUGAGGCUGGCAGACGGUCUCCAGCAGCUCGGGCUCACGACCUUGCAUCUCAACGUCAGCACGGCUGGCACCACGGUCAUGUACUCCUUCAGCCUCAAGGUGGAGGAUGAAUGCAGGCUCAGCUCUGUGGAGGAGAUUGCUGCUGCAGUGCAUGAGAUUCUAGGGGGGGUACAGGAGGGAGCAGGCUUUAGUUGAUACCGAAACCGUCUUGUGAAUUUGUACUGCUUGGUGUCUUGGAUUCUUGCAUGCACAAGAGUUGUUUCGAAGGCCAACGAAAUAUAAAUAUUUGAGCAGCUAUUUUUUCUCUCUCUUUUU